GCAUUUUGGAGAUUUAUAUGGGAGAUUAAACAGGCUACGAGAACCUUAUUGAUAAACAUCACAAGAUGGUUAGGUUAAGACUCAAGGAUGUCUGACCCAACAUGGCCAAAGCAGUUCAAAAGGAUUAUUGUUCGAUGCAACGACUAUUUCAACAAACAAAUGACUUUAAUUACAGUUACACUGCCCCCAGGUGGACAAGGAGCACACAGCAGAGGGAGCGGCACAAAGUCCAUUGAAUUCAUCAUCAUCAUCAUCAGAAAGCUUUUUCUUCACCAUUUUCUGUCAUGGUGUAAAUUAAAAUUGUAUGUAUCCAAAGUACUAGCGGUAUCAGUACUCAGUAUCGGUAUUGGUGAGGACUCAAAAGUGAAUACUCAUAAAGUGGUCCAAUCAUUUCCUUCGUCCUGCCAACAAGUGGCUGCGACGUGGACGACAGGCGCACUUUGAGGGGGUAGAGGAGGGGACUGCGUCUCUCUCUCUCUCUCUCUCUCUCUCUCUCUCUCUCUCUUCCUCUCUCCAUCUCUCUGCGUCUCUCCUGCGCUCCCCAUCCAAAGUCGUCCGUGAUCGAGCGCGGAGGUCCGGUGGAGUUCGCGGACGUGUUCGCGACUCGCUUCCAAGUGACAGGGGAGCAUGAUGAUGAUGAUGAUGAGGAGGAUGAGGAUGAGGAGGAGGUGGCGAGGCGCGUGAGCGAUGCCGCGUUAAAAGACGUCCUCGUGUGGAUAUAAAUCUGUUCCUGCAUGAAGUUCCCAUAUGCAACAUCAACAAGAACUACUAAGUGUCAAGAACUAACAUUUCCUAGAACUUCAGAUGGAAAUGGGGCUCUUGGUUCGCUGUAGGUUAAGGACGACUCCCUCCGGCCUGGCGGCAUCUCUUAGCAUCCGUUAGCGGGUCUCAGCGUCUGUAAGCGGGUGUUGGCGAGGGGGCGGGGCCAUGUCCCAGCUGUACUACCGCCGCUCGGACAGCUCGUCGUACCGCGACCGCAUCCCGCUCAGGAUCGUGCGGGCCGAGUCGGAGCUGUCGGCGCUGGAGAAGGCCUACCUGGGAGCCGUGGAGAAGGGAGACUAUGCCAGCGUCAAGCAGGCCCUGCAGGAGGCCGAGAUCUACUUCAAGAUCAACAUCAACUGCAUCGACCCGCUGGGCCGCACGGCGCUGCUCAUCGCCAUCGAGAACGAGAACCUGGAGAUCAUCGAGCUGCUGCUGAGCUUCGGCGUGUACGUGGGCGACGCCCUGCUGCACGCCAUCCGCAAGGAGGUGGUGGGCGCCGUCGAGCUGCUGCUCAACCACAAGAAGCCCAGCGGCGGCAUGCAGGUUCCUCCCAUCCUACUGGACAAGCAGUUCUCGGACUUCACGCCCGACAUCACGCCCAUCAUCCUGGCGGCGCACACCAACAACUACGAGAUCAUCAAGCUUCUGGUGCAGAAGGGUGUAUCCAUGCCGCAGCCGCACGAGGUACGCUGCAAUUGCGUGGAGUGCGUGUCGAGCUCGGACGUGGACAGCCUGCGCCACUCUCGUUCGCGCCUCAACAUCUACAAGGCGCUGUCCAGCCCGUCCCUCAUCGCCCUCUCCAGCGAGGACCCCUUCCUCACCGCCUUCAGGCUCAGCUGGGAGCUGCAGGAGCUCAGCAAGGUGGAGAACGAGUUCAAGUCCGAGUACGAGGAGCUGUCUCAGCAGUGUAAGGAGUUUGCCAAAGACCUCCUGGACCAGACCAGAAGCUCUAGAGAACUUGAGAUGAUCCUCAACUACAGAGAUGACGUCAACCUACUGGAGGAGGAAGGCAACGGAGACCUGGCCAGACUUAAGUUAGCCAUCAAGUACCACCAAAAAGAGUUUGUAGCGCAGCCAAACUGCCAACAGCUGUUGGCGUCGCGCUGGUACGACGAGUUCCCAGGCUGGCGGCGGCGCCACUGGGCCGGCAAGUUCCUGACGUGCAUCUUCAUCGGGUUCCUGUACCCGGCGUUCGCCCUGUGCUACCUCACGGCCCCCAAGAGCCGCUACGGGCUGUUCAUCCGCAAGCCCUUCAUCAAGUUCAUCUGCCACACGGCGUCCUACAUGUCUUUCUUGUUCCUGCUGCUGCUCGCCUCGCAGCACAUCGUCACCACCGAGCAGGACCGUCAGGGUCCGGCGCCCACCACCGUGGAGUGGAUGAUCCUGCCCUGGGUGCUGGGCUUCAUCUGGGCCGAGAUCAAGCAAAUGUGGGACGGGGGUUUCCAGGAGUACGUCCACGACUGGUGGAACCUGAUGGACUUUGUCAUGAACUCUCUGUACCUGGCCACCAUCUCCCUCAAGAUCGUAGCCUACACCAAGUACAGUGGUAGUAAGCCGCGGAACCAGUGGGAGAUGUGGCACCCGACACUGGUCGCCGAGGCCGUGUUCGCCAUCGCCAACAUCUUCAGCUCCCUGCGUCUCAUCUCGCUCUUCACGGCCAACUCCCACCUGGGACCCCUGCAGAUCUCCCUGGGCCGCAUGCUGCUGGACAUCCUCAAGUUCCUCUUCAUCUACUGCCUGGUCCUGCUGGCCUUUGCUAAUGGCCUGAACCAGCUCUACUUCUACUAUGAAACCAAAGCCUCGGAUGAGAGGGGCAAGUGCAAGGGCAUCCGAUGCGUGGAGCAGAACAACGCCUUCUCCACCCUUUUCGAGACGCUGCAGUCUCUAUUCUGGUCCAUCUUCGGCCUGAUCAGCUUGUACGUGACCAACGUGGACGCCGACCACCAGUUCACCGAGUUCGUGGGCGCCACCAUGUUCGGCACGUACAACAUCAUCUCCCUGGUGGUGCUGCUCAACAUGCUCAUCGCCAUGAUGAACAACUCCUAUCAGCACAUCGCGGACCACGCGGACAUCGAGUGGAAGUUCGCCAGGACGAAGCUGUGGAUGAGUUACUUCGAGGAGGGGGCCACCCUGCCCCCGCCCUUCAACAUCGUGCCCAGCUCCAAGUCCUUCUGGUACCUCGUCUGCUGGGUCAAGACUCGAGCGUGCCGGGCGGACGGCGACGCACGACGCGACACCAUCGGCACGCUCGGGAAGCGAGCUGCGGAGAACCUGAGAAUAAACCAUCAGUACCAGGAGGUGCUGAGGAACCUGGUGAAGCGCUACGUGGCCGCCAUGAUCCGAGACGCCAAGACGGAGGAAGGCCUGACGGAAGACAACUUUAAGGAGCUGAAACAGGACAUCUCCAGCUUCCGCUACGAGGUUAUGGGCAUGAUGAAGACGGGGAGGCCCGGCCUGCCGGGCGGGCGGGACGGCGGCGUGGCCUUGGGCGCCGUCGGCCCGUCGGACUCCGCCCUGGCUUACCCCAACGCCUCUCUCAAGAUGGCCUCCUACGCUCCGACCAAGUGCAAAGUCAACCGAUUCAAGAUGGCCGCCUCCCUCCUCCACCGGGUGGCAUCGGGCGCCAGGACCCCCGAAGCCCCCAACGGGCUCCCCAAUGGCGCGACCCCUUCGCUGGGCGAUGUUCCGAGCUUCCCUAAAGACAGCGGCGACUUUGCUCUGUUUCACAAUCGCCACUGCUGCGGCGCCGCCCACCGCCCGGAGUGCGCUGCCCACCAGGCCGGCCCCGCAGAACUUGCCAGAAAAAUGUACUCUUUAUCGGAGGAGGCGGAGGAGGAAGAAGAGGCUGGAACCAGUCUGGACGUCAGAGGCGAGCAGGAAGAUGAGAGCGUUGCCUGAACUUUGACGCCUUGUCAAUCAAAGCGGGUUGACCUUCAGCGAGAGCCUCAAGGAAGCGGCGGCCGUUUGUGACGCUCGGAAAAGUCCGGUCCAGUCUCGCAGAGGCGGCACGUGGUUUUCUGUUUGCCACGUUAACAAAAACACAAACGUAACGCCGAUGUAUGCGGCCGGCCACGUAGUUUUGAAACCCGAGAGAAACAACUAUUAGCUCAAAUGCUAACAUUAUGCUACGACACGAGAGGCCGAAAAGCUAUCCGGUCGCUUUUCGUUUUUGUGCACUUUA